ACGAUUUGUGUAAGCUGUGUGUGUGUCGCAUUUCCCACAGAGCGUUCCCCGUCCGUCCUAUCAUUGGCACUGCUGGGGGUCGAUCCGGCACCGUUUAACGCAAAAUUAGGACGACGACGACGACCGGACCGAGCAAACGAACGAAUUGCAGUGUCAGCCCGCGCGCGCUUGUUGUGUAACGUGUCCAUAUUUGGGCAGCGCCACACUGCGGACACCUGCGUUGUUUCGUUCCGUGUGUAUGUGUGUUUUUUUUUCAGAGAGAAGAUUUUUAUCUUUUUUUCCACCGCCGGUGCGUUAAAGUUUAUCGAUGCGGUAGUCGGGGAACUGCCGGCGAGCGUUAAAUCGAGAAGCGACACCGACAACACUAUUUGCAAGCGACAAAGUGAGCAUUGACCGGGCGGUGUAGAAAACCCGCACCGUUUCACACACGCCUCGGGGCCAAACGAUCCUCCUUUCAGUGUGUAUGUGUGUAUGUGUGUGUAUGUGUGCUGUAAAAGUCGAAGCGGAUAGUGGCUGGUGGAGUAGUGCUCGCCGUCUGCUCGUGCUAGAGAGCUGCAAGCAAAUAACAAAUAAGUGCGGACAGUACGUCCUCCCCCCAUCAGUGUGUGUGGUUCACGCUCCAUGGUGUGCAACAGUGUGAGAAGUGCGACAAAAAAGUGCGAAGUACGUACAGCGCCUCGUCUCGUGAUUGAAUUGCGGUGCUAGCGUGUGGCAAGCCAGUGCCCUUUAGAUUACAGCAGUGCACGACUCGGCAGAAGCAGCACACUACAACAACCCUUCGGCAGAUCGAAAUUUCGUGCUCGCGUGAACGAUGAAGCCAAAAACGAAAGCGCACCACUGCUAGCUAGUUCCCGUUCGCAUAUUUCAUCCGCUGACAUAGUGCCAGUCACCAGCCUGAGCUCGGAACAAGUAAAGACACCACUCAGCAUAAGACAAUUCAUUUCCGCGUGCUGCGUGUGUGAGUGUGUGUCGGUCGAGAAAGCGGGCAGAUAUCAUUCCCCGUUCUUCCCCGUUAUAAGACGACGUACUGCGUGUCAUUGCAGCUGGGAGCUUCCCGUCUUUUGCCCGCUCCUUGCACGCUGCAACUCGCACCUUCCGCGGCAACAUUUCGCCCCCACCAGUAAACGCUAGCGGUAGAGCAGUACUGUUCCACACGGCACACAGGGUUAAAUGAAAAUGUCAGACUUUGAGCGAAUAAGGCUAGUGAUUCUAGGUGGAGCCGGCGUCGGCAAAAGCUGCAUCAUAAAACGGUUCCUAUUCAAAACGUACUCCGACAAGUACCGGCCAACGGUGGAGGAUCUGUACAACCGGGAGUACGAUCUCGGCUCAGUUACGCUUAAGGUCGACAUCCUUGAUACGUCCGGCGAGAUGCAGUUUCCGGCCAUGAGGCGGCUCUCGAUUGCGACGGCCCACGCGUUCCUGCUCGUGUAUGCGACCACGUCCGAGGCCAGCCUGGGCUGCGUGAAGCAGUGCUUCGAGGAGAUACGCGAGCAGCGCGCCGACUUCCAGGACAUUCCCAUGGUAAUCGUGGGCAACAAGUACGACCUGACCGCGUCACACCGUGAGGUUCGCAUCGAGGACGUCUCCGAGUGGGUUUUCUGCGAGCUGCCGAAGCUAAAGGUAAAGGUGCUCGAGUGCUCCGCGAAGGAUGAUUACAAUAUAAUGGAAAUAUUUCGCACGUUUGUCACGCUGUCCCGCAUACUGCCGGUGAACGGUAGCGCCGAGUCCGGUUCCGGCUUGAAGCGGCGCUCGUCAGCCUACGUCAGUGCCAGCAGUAAAGCAAAGUCCAGAAUCGGCAGUCCGUCCAUAGGAGGUUGUGAAAAGCCAAAGGAUUCGUCAUCGUACCUGGCGGCAUCCACGUCCGAAGGCACGAGCAGCGGUGGGCUCGGUGGCGCCGUCGGUGGCGCUGCCGAGGUGAAGUCGAAGCCCCGGUCAAGGUCACUCAUCCGAAGAUCGUCCCGCAAGACGAAGCAACAAAUACAGAACGCGUCCGGCGCCGAAGACUGCAACAUUCAAUGAAUUCGCUGGUGCUUCGUCGGCGGUGACUGAUAUGGGGAGUCGGUCGGGGUUGCUGCUGCUGUUGCUCGGCACGGCUGUUAAACAGGGCUGUUAAACUUCUUGGUAAAAUAGAGGAACCCCACACAACCUCCCCCUCCCCUGCAGCGAACGUUAGCGCGAUAUGCGUAUGUGCGUGUGUCAUUUAUGUGUAACCGAACACAACACAACCAUUGCAAAUGGCGCAUGUUUUCUUGUUAUUGUUAUGGGUAGCGUUUGGUGCAAGCGUAGUGCAAGGGUUAGUUGAACCCAUACUCCCCCCCUCCCCCCGUCGGUAGUACUAGAUGAAACGUCCUCCCAUCGCCCAUACCCCUCAACAGUUUGGAGUAACGAUUGUGUUCCAAGUGGCACGACAAGCGAACGGUGAAAAAAAUUAUAUUAAUUGAAUGAAAUUGCGUCUUUGGCGCUCUUCCGCUGCCUCUCCUCCGUUCUGGAAUGGGAAGAGCGUGGGUGUUGUGAUUGAGGAGUAGUUAGGGGAUGGGAAGGGGGGCAACACGACCACAAAAAGACCCCGUCGAAGUAACUAACACCUCUGCAUGGGGAAGAAUAAGGUAGAAGUAGCCAGCGUUUAUAGUAGCAUGUUUUUUGGACAAUUGUUGACGUAAGCGUAUAGAGGCGCUAACAAAAACACACUAUUGAUGAAUGCACCCAGCAGGCGAUAGGAAGGGGAUAUGUUUGGCAGUGGUAUUGGUGCAGCAGGAGCUCCAGAUACUAGUGGCAGGGAAGAGAGGACCGGGAUGAUCGUACCAUUAUGAAAGGCCUGUUUCUGGAAUUACCAUUUAUGGGAGAGGCAGACGAUUCAUGGGCACAAAAAGGAAGGCAGAGGAAGAAAGCAGAACACCCAGCAGAACAAAAGUAGUUUGGGAGCUAGAACCGAUCGCAAUGGGCCUUUGGCAAACGAUCGACUACAGAAAUGGUAGACUCGGCUAGACUUUAGUAUGAUCGAACAAAACAAAAAUAGGAACAGGCUGGGCGGGCAAAUGAACGAACUGUAACGUAUGUGUGUAAAACCCAAUGUUUGUAAAAAGCAAUAAUUUUCCCGUAGUGUUUGACACCGUUCAUUGACCGUUUUGGGAAGAAGGCAGACGUAGAUGGCAAUGGUGCAUGAAGUUUUAUAUAACCUUAAGACACUAUAACCGCGACACAAUGUCAACGUAUCGAAUGCUACCAAAUCGAUCACACAUUGAACAGAGUAUCGCAGCUGCUGAUCGACGGCUCAACGUGCUCGGUGGUGGAGGAAGAAAUGUGGACGGUGUAGUAGAGAUGUGCAUUACAAACAGUGAGGUAACAUUGCGGUAUUGCAAAACAAAAAAAUCACCUUUUCGAACGAAACUUAACCGAUCCAGCAAUCUACUACCUACACAUAGCAAUGGUAAAUUAUUAAAAAAAAUCUUUUUCUUGGCAUACGCAACACGGUAAAUGGAAGGAGAGAACAUACAAAUAUUCACUACUUACAAUGGUACAACAACGUACAUGAUGAUCUCAGCACAAGAAAUGUACCCUGAGUUUAGUUUACACGAUUUCCCAAGGAGUUGCGUUACGUUUCCCAAAAGUCUUUGAAUCAUUUUCACGAAUUAUUGUCUAUUGCCUACUUCAUUUUGAAUCAGUCCCACGAAUUGUUUACCGUUUCCAUAAUGUAUGUUGAGAUCAUGUCAAAAGCUGGUGAGCUCAAUUCUUUAAAAAAGGGAAUGUCAAUCACUUGUGAAACUGAUUCAAAACGGAUGCAGACAGUGGUCAAUAACCGGGAGAUAAAUUUAA